CCAUAUGAUGUUUGAGCACAAAACUACAAAACGCCAUUGCUCUCUCUUUUUUCCCUGGCUUUCUGAUCUGUUCCCGGCCGGCCUUUCCAAAUCCUUAAUUGUUGUGACAACAGCACAGCAAAUUGAAGGGAAACAGGUAGAGAUCGAAUCCUUGGAAAUAAAGAAACCAAGGGAAAAAAAUGGUGUCAAGAGUGGAUGGCAUGGUGUGGAUGGACAGGAAAGAGGGAGACGAUGAUGAACAAGGCGCGGGUUCUUGGGCACAAAACAACAACAACUCCAUAAAUGGGGGAUUGGAGGGCCCGGGGAAAGGAGGAGGAAUGGAAAUGAGUGGGGUGGCUAUGUUCAAGUCGUUGCUGGAAGGAGAAGAUGUGGGGUGGUACAUGCCCAGCCACCAUAGCCUCGCCGCCAUGCAAAGCCACGGCGACAUUAUUUCUUUCGGCGAAGCUGAUCAUCAUCAGAGCAACGCCGGCGGCCUGUUCUUGCACCCAGUGGAGUCAACCUCUUCCUGUUCUCCAUCUUCUGCUCCGACAACAGCCUUGAACAGCCUCGAGUCUCAGUCUCAGUCUCAGGUACACUAUUUCUUGGCUCCCAAAACCAACAAUAGCAUGAUGAUGAUGAAUAAUCCGUUGGAAAGUGGUGGGUUUGAGUUGGGGUGUGAAAAUGGGUUUCUCCAAAAUCAUGGUUUGAGCAGAGGGACAGGAGGGAUUUUGGGUGGUGGGUUUGGUGAAUUUAGCUCAGAUGAGAAUCCCAAUUUGCUGCAAAGUGGUGGUGGUGGUGGUCCAUUAGGGUUUGGAGAGGCCUUCAAUGACAAUAAUAAUAAUAAUAAUGUUUUGUUCCUUAAUAAUCUGAAUAGGUCUAAACUGUUAAAACCACUUGAUAAUUUUGGGUCAAUUGGUGCACAACCCACUCUGUUUCAAAAGAGGGCUGCUCUGAGGAAGAAUAAUAAUUUGGAGGUUGUGGGUAGUUGUAGUGGUGGAAUUAGGUGCAAUGGGGAUGUUGAUAAGAAGGUGGAAGUUGAUUUGAAGAGGAAGGAAAACAAUGGUGAUGAAGUGAGGAAAUUAGACACCAUCAGGUCCUCCAACUUCAACUAUGAUGAUUCAGAUGAGCUGCUGCUGCUGAAUAAUUGUAAUGACGACGAUGAGAGCGUUAAGACUGGUGGUGGAGAUGAGAAAGGGAAGAAGAAGCAGGCUGGUGGGGGGCUUCCUGCUAAGAAUCUCAUGGCGGAAAGGCGCCGCCGCAAGAAGCUCAAUGAUAGGCUUUACAUGCUCAGGUCUGUUGUCCCCAAGAUUAGCAAGAUGGACAGGGCUUCAAUCUUGGGGGAUGCGAUUGAAUACUUGAAGGAGCUUGUGCAGAAGAUCAAUGACCUCCAAAAUGAACUCGACUCUCCCACCACUCCCUUCUACCCUUUGACACCAACUACUGCUACUGCUACUGCUGCGUCUUCCCUAACCUCCCGCAUCAAACAAGAAAUCUCUCCAAGCCCGCUGCCUAGUCCAACUCCACAACCCCCCGCAAGAGUUGAAGUGAGGGUAAAAGAAGGAAGAGCUGUGAACAUCCAUAUGUUUUGCAGCCGUAAGCCUGGCCUCUUACUCUCAACAAUCAGGGCUCUCGAUAACCUUGGCCUGGAUGUCCAACAGGCUGUUAUCAGCUGCUUCAAUGGCUUUGCCAUGGAUAUCUUCCGAGCAGAGCAAUACAAGGAAGGUGAUAUCCAUCCCGAUCGAAUCAGAGCUAUACUUCUGGAUUCUGCUGGCUUCCAGGGGAUGAUCUAAGCUGCUCAACUUGUUGUUCAAUGCCUGAUGUUUAUCCAAGUCAAGUCGACAGACAGUUUUCUGCUCUUCCUGAUUGGCAGCCAAUGCCAAUAUUUAUCUAUCUGCACCAACAAAUCAGAUAUACAUGAUCUACUUUACCAUUUCCCUUCCCCUAGGCAUGCCCUAGUUCAUCUUCGCUGCUUAGCUUCAAGCAUUUUCUUCAUUUGUAAGAAACAAGUAAUUGUUUUGCAGACUCUGAGUGUUGAUUUCUAAUUCUAUGUUGUUUACAUUCUGAGUUAAUUA